AUGGCGGACAGCGAGAGUGAUUUGGAAAUAGACGGGCUUGAAACAGCUCUAGACACAUUGUGUAUCAGACACUGCAGCGAUGCAUCCUCUCUAAAGAGCAAAGAGUACUGCUCUGAGUUUUGUGAGUUGGUUGAGGAGUACACUGGUCAAUGGCAAGUUCCUCUCCCUCAGCUGAAGGUGCUGCGGACAGCACUGUGCCGUUUCACUAAAGCCACUGCUGCCUUCCCCGAUGACUGUCAGCACAUACACUAUGUUAUCAGCAGUCUGGCCCUGAGCUUCUUUGAACUGAUGCUAUUUUUCAGCAAAGAAGAAUUUGGGGAAGAGCCUUUAAAAGACAUCCUUGAUUCUUUUAAGGAGUGCCAUUCCCAACUCCUGAGGCACAGGAACAUCCACCUUCAUCAUUUAAAACAGAUCAUCAAAGCAGGAGGCCCAUGGGAGAAUCCAGUGCUGCAAGGAAUCCUGAAGGAGACAGACUUGUCUCCAAAAGAGGUUGAAGUAUACUUGAGCUCAGAGUUGCCAGUAUUUUUGGAGCUCCGGGUUCGCUAUCUGCAGGCCUGUGAAAGAAUACAGGAGGCAAUGGCCCUGGCUAAAGGCUGCCUGGAAAACCACAAGGCUGGAAGUCAUCUGUACUUCCAUCAGGCUUACCUGACCUGCCUGUACAAGACCUCUCUGCAUGAACACCUUCAUAAGGAGAUGGCAGAGAUAGAUGGCCGUGAUGCAGUGGAAAUCAUCUGCAACACAGAGAGUGUUGAAAAGGAUGAGCUUCUGUUGUCGAUGUGUAAAGCUUUCCUUACUCAGCAGUUACACAAUGGAGACAUGUAUUACAUUUGGGACCUAGUGUUCAUCUGGAGCAGACUGCAUCUCAGGGCCUAUCCCUCCAGACAAGGCUUCCUGGCUGAGUGCUUGCAGCUGGCUUCUUCUGCUACUAACCUCAGAGCCAUCUUUCCCUUCAUCAAACUGGUCACCACAGAGCUGGGUGGUGAAGGAGUUCACGUCUGCUUGGAGCUUUGUGCGAGGUCCUUGCAGCUGUGUGACAAGCAGGCUGAUAGUGUAACCCAGUCACUGGUCUGCAAGACCAUCGCCUUCCUGCUGCCCCAUGACCUGGAGAUCUGUCGAGCAUGUGCCCUGCUGGCCUUCUGCCAGGAACGGAGCCUGGAGGCUUACCGCACUGUUUGCCUGCUUUAUAUGCAUCCUGACCAGGAGCAGCAUCCCAACAACAGCCCUGUCCGAACCAGUGUUCGUUUCCAUAUUCUGCAGAUGCUCAAGGAACGCCUGUGUUUUGACCCUGAGUUUUGGAACCUCCUGACAAUCAGGACCCACUGCUUGGAGUUGAUGAGUGACAAGGUCAUGAAGGCUGCUGUUCUCAAUGAGAUGAGGGAAGAAGAGGAGAAGGAACACCAUGAAGAGCUGUUAACAAAUAACUGUGUACGUGACCCACACACUCAAGGUUUCAAUUCCCGUGAGUGCGCUGAAGCUGCUUCUGUGAACAGUAGCCCUCCAGAAGAGAAGACUGGAAAGACAGGAAAGUGUGUUGCCCCAUCAAAUAAUGCUCUUCUGAAGAGGCGAAAAUGGAGAAGAAACCUGCCAAGGAGAAAACAAUCUGUGUCCGAUGAUGAGGUUGACCUGGGUGAUGAUCCAGAGUUCAAAUACAAUGUCAAAUCUGCCUCUUCAGGUAGUAAGCCUAUGUAUUCACUAAGACGCAAUCACACUAACGUUGAAAAUUCUGCUCCUAUGAAGCUUCCUCUAAAACGCAGUAGAGAAUACUUGUCCAGAUGUGUGAAGAGCCAAAUUUUGAAAAGGAAAGGCCGGAAGAAAAGAUGGUUGCAGGGUCUUCCAAUCCUGGAGCAGGUCCAGACGGUUAAAGAGAAGAAAGUCAAAGUCAAAGUUAAAGGAAAAAAACGGGGAAGGAAGCCUUUACAGAAGCUGGAACUCUCUUACCCUGAAAAUGAACUACACCUCACUGAGGGGGAGACUGGUUUUGAGGAGGAAACUGACACAGAAGACAAAGAGCAGGACAUGCCUCACCUGGAGAACGAACUUGAAAAAGCGAGUGAACAGAAAGAGAAUCAGUCGGAGCAGAUGCAUGAGCUUGAGAAGGAAAAUGGACUCGAGAACCAAACUGACUCGGUCUGUGGUGUCAGACUCAGUGAACACAUGCAAGAGGAAUCUCAAACACAGUUGGGGUCCAAGCUCGGUGAAAGUUUACCAAGUGGGCCUCAAGCUGUUGUUCCUGCUGUUGAAGCUGCUCCUGAACUUGAUGGUCCACCCUUAGAAUUAUUGGAUUGUCCCGUUGAACUGUUACACAAUUACUCUCUCAAAUCCAAAAAGCCCGACACUGAGAAACUGUCCCCUCCAGAAGCCUCAGCUUCAGCUUUAGCUUCAGCAUCAGCAUCAGCAUCAGCAUCAGCAUCAGAUGAACUGAAUGGUGACACAGAACAGGAGCCACAGCCCACAGCGACCACAGAGGAAUCAAACACUGAGGUGAAAACCAAGAGAUCAUGGAAGGACAGAGUACUCCGCACUCAACAGUAUGCCCACUUGAUGUAUCACUGCACUUUCUGCCGCAAAGACUACAAAGGCUUGAAUGUUAUGAGGCAUGCUCUCUCACACCUCAAAAGUAGGAGAUUGAAGUGUAUACUCUGUGGAAAACGCUUUAAACAGCUUCCGUUUGCCAAAAAGCAUGUUCUGGACCACAUUGAGGAAAUGUGCAAGCAUAAACCCAAUGAUAAGAAACCAUGCACUGAGGACAUACCUGCUACUAAUGGAACGGUAGAUAAUCUGAAAACUCAGAGCCAGCCUCAGGAUGAAAAUCAGACUUCCAUUUCCGAUGGGGAAACUCCUGAACCGAAACCCAGUGGCAAAACUAAAGUGUCCAGCCUCAAGAGGGAAGAGCGAAUUGUCAGAAACCUCCGCACUCUAAUCAAAAAGACAUCUGUGCUUCACAAAAAGUGCAAGAACCCUAACUCUAAUAUAUUCAAGCUGGUGGACUUCAAGGACGAGCAGGUGGUCAUUAAAGAUGGCCUGGUGAUUUUAAAAGAUCCCAUUGUGAUGAAAACAGCGGGAGAAGGAGAAGAGAAGGAGAAGCCAGCAGAGGAGAACGGCUACGGUGUGGACAUCACGUAUCAUUUGUGCCCCUCAGUGUCCUGUGAUAGAGUGUUCUUGAGGAUCAGCACCACACUGACAAAGCAUGCUAUCAGGUGCCAUAUUAAUGAAGAAAAGGUGCUGGAGAAGACAUUUGUUUGGGCCAAGCACAAGUGCACCUUCUGCCUCAGGCAGAUACAGUUUCUCCAGCAUUAUAAAGACCACAUGAAGCUCCAUGACAUGCCUCUUCGACACUUCUGUUACCAUAUAGAGUGUAACCAGCACUUCAUGACACAGCAGGAAUUAAAAGACCAUGUGAUUAUCCACCAGCCCUUCAGACCCCAGUGCCCUUUCACAAACUGUGAGAAGCUCUUCUCAAGCCUCCAGGGUCUCUAUGACCACGAGUGGAGACACUAUAUCCCAGCACCUCAAAAAGACGAGUUAGAGUUGGGACCCAGCAGACAGAAGAAACAAAAUUCUGAAGCUCCCUGGAAGCAGAGAGUGAAGGUCGAGGAGAUAUGGCUGCAGAGUAAAAAGGGGCCGAAGGAGAGUCUCAGUCCUGAGUCAGUCUCAGAAACCUCUAAUCUUGGAGUCAAGGUCAAGGAAAUAAAGAAAGAACCGGCUUGGGAUGUAAAUGUUGCAGUCGAGGUCAAGGAAAUAAAGAAAGAACCAGCUUGGGAUGUAAAUGUCGCAGACAGUAAUCAAGACCUGUCUGAUAAUUCAAAGAUAACCGCCAGUCAUGAGGACAUGGAUGACAUCAAACCCACCAUCAAUGGACACGAGGAUGUGACAAGAGACCAAGCGUCGGAAAGCAAGGUUUCCUCUUCCCACACUAAUGCUGCUGCAGGCACUCCGAGAAAGAGGUGUCAAAAAAGAACCUCCGUCGAGUUGGACCCCUUGAAUGUCAAAGACCUUGAGGACAUGUCCACUUUGGCUGAGGGAGUCCAGCAGAAACUGGGAGAACCACACAUCACUGAACACAAAUCCUUCAAACCCGAAGAUCCCUCUUACGCGCCCUUCGUCAAAGCCCCCUUCAUCCGGCCGCCACCCUCCACCUACCUGGAUGAAUCUCUGCUCUCAAUGCGCAAGAGGAGGUCCACCGAAGAGGCCUCUCAAAAGAAAUAUGUUUACUGGAACACUAAGAAAAAGAAGGACCCUGACCCAGAGAAGGAGCAGCAGGUGAAUGAUGUGGCCGCCGAGCAGAAGAUCAGACAACGGUGUGGCAAAUGUCUGUCCUCCUUCGGCAGCGUUGAAGAAUUACAGAAACACCAAGCCCUUAACACCUGCUCUGCACUCUUUGGCUUUGAUUCGGAUGAUGAAAGUUAACUGUGAGUGAAGAGGAGCUGGAAGUGGAGUGGCCAUUGUAUGCUGCCACCUGGCUCCACUAAGUGAACACUGGAACCCUUUCUUACAACUCAGAUACAGCACAUACCGUAUUUAUUUCUUUGAUUCCAGUUGUUAAACAGGGGGGGGGGGGGAGAGUAUGUGGUUAGCUGGAUUAUUUUAUUGUUAUUUAAUUGUUUAAAUUCAUUGGAGAAAAAAGUUUGAAGCAAUAAUUUUAACAGCAUAAACAUUUUUCCUCAGAACAUCAUCAGUGUGCCUGUUGUCUAGUAGGUAAAACAAAGCCUUGAGCAAUACCUUGGAACAGAGUUUGCGGCCCAAGACAACCUCCGUAUAAUUAAAAAAACAAACAGCUGCCCGUGUACAAAUACUUAAAGUCUGUGUAAAGUAAGAAUAAAUAUGUGUUUUGAGUUUGACACACAGAAAAGUGUGUUGUUAACCACCCUGCCAAAUUUGAAUGAUUAAAAAAAUCGCCAAAUAUAUGAAAUUAGGCUUCAAAGUUGUGUAAAAAUCAACCUUUUUCCGUUCGCUGAAAACCCGCCCCCUACCAAGUGUCACCUGUCAAUCAAAGUCACCACCUCUACCAGAAACAUGGACGCUACGUCUGAGAGCUUUCUGCCGCUAGCUCAACUGCUAACUCAGCUACUAGCUCAGCGGCUAGCUCGUCGGCUAACUGGCUAACUGUAUACUGCAGUAGUAGUAAUGUGCACUGAAUGUAUUUAUACCACUACAGCAGCAGUGGCGGGUUUAUGCCAAUUUUCAGACCCGCCCACUAAAUCCUGAUCACAGAAAUGUUGAAACACAGUUUGUGAAGCCUAACUCCACAAUUCAAAUCUAAAUGGUUGAAAUUCUUUUUACACAUUUUUUAGAAAUACAUUUAUUACCUAUUUAAUAUGUUUAGAAGAAAAUGUCAGAAUUUACUUUACAUGGUCUUUAAUCACAUACAGCCAUAAAUAAAAUAAUUUUAGACCACGGAAUGCCAGUUUUUCUGCUGGACCAUACUGUGAUCAAUUAAUACAGUUUAAUUUAAUCUUUCAUUCAUUCACCCUGAAUGAAAAUUAAUUAAUUAAAAGUUGGAUGUAUGGAUAAAUGCAGUUUCUAGCAUUAUAAAAUGAGCCUGAAUGAUCAGAUAUUUAAGCACUUGAGUAAAAAAAACACAUUUCCAGAUUUUCUUUGAACUCAUAGUUGUAUUUUUUCACUAAUCCUUUUGGGAUCAGUGUUUAAAAAUAACAAAACCUUAGCCACUCAACUGACUCUACAAUGAACAAUAAUACUUCAACUUCUCCUAAUGUAUUUUGUAAAAACUGAGUCGGCUCUGAGGAUCUGGUUUUGAUUGGUUUUCUCGUGUCUUGCUGGUUAAACCUCUUGGUGGCAGAAGCUGUCCCUUCAUAUUCCGAGUCUUCUGUCACACCUGUCUUAAUUUUAUCUGAGAAUUUUACAUGAAUACAUUUUAAGCAGUAUUAAUAACUGUGAGUGUAGCCCCGUCUGCUUUGUGUGUAUUUAAUUACUGUAGUCUUCCAAAUAAAUCAUGCACCAGUUUUUGUCUUUGUAGAGAGGAUGUAUAAAGUGGUUCAUUCACACGACAGUACAGUAAUGGCGGAUAUGUGGUGGUGUCAUAUCUUUAUAAUCAUAAAAUGAAUUUUAAAUCCAAAUGAUUAAUUCAAAGAUGUUGCAUAUACAGCAAGUGUUAAAACUGUAAGAGGAGAUGUUUUCCGUAUAAUUUGUGUGGGCCGCUGUUUCUGUAUUUCGGCAAGUUUGUCUAGGCCUUUUGUUGAUUGGUCAUCCGGGCGUGAUAAAUCAACAUGAAUAACUCAUUAAAGCCUUGAUCAAAAUGUCUGAAACCAUGUAAAUCUGCCUUCAUACUGUCACAUUUUUACUCUGUACAGCAUAUGAAUUAUUCACUCUUAUUAGUGCCAAGACUUUAAAUCACAGUGUUAGACUGUAGGUAAAGAUUAACUUUAAGAUCAGUAAUACAGUACAGUUUGCUUUGAAUUUCAAAGUUAAUCAGUUUACUCAAUGUAUUUCAUUCAGUAUUUCAGAUUGGUCAUUUAUGUAUAAACAUUUGAGGUGGUUGAUCUGUUUAAUAACUUUUUAUUGUAAUGUUUUUAUGGGAGUGUUCCCUUAAACAUACUUAUUUAUAUGUAAAAAUGUGAAUAGGUUGAUUUGUAAAGGUAAUGAUUCCCCAUAUAUUUUUCUUAAAGAAAAAGUGAUUGAAUUUGUUUGAAUAAACAAAUGAUAUAUCUAAAG